AUACCCUUCUACCUCUGUGUGUGCGAACAGACAUUUGCUCAGUGCUGAAAAUGACUGUAUCUCGUGUUUACUGCUUCGUUUCCUUAGGCAUUCUGGCCGUGAAUGAAGCAGUCGGUCACGGAGAUACCAGCCCUACCCUGAGUGCCUUGUGCUCACCAGAUGUGGGGCUGUACGGAGUCGCUGCAGAGUGUGCAGAGACAUACCAGCGAGAGUUGGCAGAAGUCGAAAGGAGAAAAGUGGCCACAGGAGGCAGUGGCAGUGAACGGGUGAAACACUGGGUGAGAGGAGGCUGUCAUCAUUAUCAUAACGUGAGGACCAGAGAGGGAGGAUGGGAUGAGCCGACAGAAUUUGUGCAGAAUGACACACAGCUGUCACGGGAGGAGAUGCAGAGCACUGUAUCUGGAGUCACGGCAGCAUACGAGCGAGAGCAGUUGUGGCUGGCCAAAGAGAACCUGAUGGUGAAGCUUCAGGCACGUUGUCGAGGCUGUCUUGUCUGUCAGGAAUUCAACUCCAGAAUGAGGUUUUUGAAGAAGCAAGUUCCAGCCAUCACUUGCAUGCAGUCCCAGUGGCGUGGCUAUAAACAGAGGAAGGCAUAUCAAAUCCGUUCGGAUUACUGACGAGCACACAAGGAC